UUUCGCGUUACGGUUAAAUAGACGAAAAUAUACCUACGUAUGUAUAUAUAUAUGUAUAUAUAUAUAUAAGAGUUGACAAUAUCGUGUAUUGUGAUAUAUAUGAGGAUAAUGUCAAUAAUACGAGCGUGUUUAGACCGAAGCGAUUGGUGUUUCAUUCACGAUGAGAAUGAUCCCGGUCAAGGUUGACGAUUGUCAGUGAGAAAAUUUCGAAGAAUCCUUGCCGAAUACGGUUGAUUGUUGCUUUUUGACGAAGGAAAAGGAACACGAAGGGAGGGAGGAAUAAACAAGAACGACGAGAUCCCAGCUCGUACAUUCCUCGGAGCAUCCCACGAAGAUCGGGAUGUCAUCGGGCUGACACCAGUACCAUGGCAGCCGAUCUCUAUGCGAAUGGCUCUUUAAAAUCAACGUCUGCCAGGGCCGUAGGCAGCAUGGGACAACGCAAAUCGGGCGCCCCGGGCGCCGCGGCUUCAAUAUCGACGGAGGAAGAGCAGCUGAAGUUUCAAGACAGCAGAUUUCUAGCGACUUUGGUGCUUGGCAGAAGUAGGAGGAUCUCGCCAGACGUGCUGCCGUCGUGCGCGCCCGGCGUGUUUCGCCAGAAGUCAUUUCGCUCGUCGUCGUCCACUUCCACGUCCACGUUCACGUCCACGCCGGCCGCGCCGUCGAAAGUGCCGCCGAAGGUACCGCCAACCAGCCGAAACAGCCGAGGCGCGCCUGCUUCUGCGACCAACGAUCGCUGCGCUUCUCGCGCGACCACCCCCACUGUCUCCAGCCCAACCGCCGCCACCGCCGCCGCCGCGGCUGUUUCACCACGUGACGGCAGCUCGCGGACUGUCAGCACAGCUUCGCUGUCGUCGCUGUCGCGGGGCGCCCGAGCAGCCAGUAAGCACGCGCGCCUCGGUACGGCACUGGCCAGCAAAAUGGCGACCGCGAGCACUUCCACGGUUGUGCAAGGCUGGCCGAAUACCAAGGACGAUUACGAGCUGAAGGAGGUUAUCGGGGUUGGAGCGACAGCUGUAGUGCACGCGGCGUUUUGCAUUCCGCGGCAAGAGAAAUGCGCGAUCAAGCGAAUAAACUUGGAAAAAUGGAACACAAACAUGGACGAGCUAUUGAAAGAGAUACAGGCGAUGUCUUCUUGCAACCAUGAAAACGUCGUGACGUACUACACAUCGUUUGUGGUGAAAGAGGAACUCUGGUUGGUCUUAAGAUUGCUAGAAGGUGGAUCUCUGCUGGAUAUUAUCAAGCAUAAAACCAGAACCACUAAUUGCAAGCAUGGAGUAUUCGAUGAGGCCACUAUAGCUACAGUACUUCGAGAAGUACUCAAGGGACUUGAAUAUUUCCAUAGCAACGGACAGAUACACAGGGACAUAAAAGCGGGUAAUAUCCUACUAGGCGAGGAUGGCACAGUGCAGAUCGCCGAUUUUGGUGUCAGCGCGUGGCUCGCGACCGGACGUGACUUGAGCCGGCAGAAGGUUCGGCACACCUUCGUCGGUACGCCUUGUUGGAUGGCGCCCGAGGUCAUGGAGCAGGUGAGAGAGGACCAUGGCUACGAUUUUAAGGCGGAUAUAUGGUCACUUGGCAUCACGGCGAUCGAGAUGGCAAGCGGCACGGCACCGUAUCACAAAUAUCCCCCGAUGAAGGUCUUGAUGCUGACACUGCAGAACGAUCCGCCGACUUUGGAUACCGCUGCGGAUGACAAGGAUCAAUAUAAAGCAUACGGAAAAACAUUCCGAAAAAUGAUUGUCGACUGUUUACAAAAAGAUCCUACUAAGAGACCAACAGCCACUGAGUUGCUAAAACAUCCUUUUUUUAAAAAAGCCAAAGAUAAAAAAUAUCUACAGCAAACGUUAGUAGCGAUUGGACCCAGUUUAGAAACACGUGUACAAAAGGCAUCAAAAAGACAACCUGGCACGUCGGGUCGUUUGCACCGAACGGUGACCGGAGAAUGGGUCUGGUCAGAAGAAGAGAACAACGGUGACUCGAGCAGUGAUGAAGGCAAAGAGACGUUACCGGUCAACACAAUCGAAAAGACCAGCAGCGAUGAAGAAGCUGGCGAGCCUGACGAAUUCUAUGGUCAAAUCAGGGUAGCACCGAGCCAAAUAGCUUUGCUAUCAACCGGACAAAAUACGCCUAUAAACUUGGUGCUUAGAUUACGAAAUGAAAAACGUGAGCUAAAUGAUAUUAGGUUCGAUUUUACUGUUGGAGUUGAUUCUGCACAAGGUAUCGCAGCGGAAUUAGUUGCUGCGGGCUUGGUUGACGGCAAGGACAUUGUAGUGAUAGAAACAAAUCUAAAAAAAUUGAUAGAGAGUGGAGGACAAUUGCGAACAGUGACAUUUUCCUUGAAUACUGGUUAUGCGGUGAACGAAAUACCAGAUGACAAGGCAUUAAUAGGAUUUGCUCAGAUCUCUAUCACUGAAUAAACUUCAAUUGCUCUGAACUCUCGGGCUAAUGUUCUUAAUUGAUACAUUCGCCAAGAUCCAGAGAGUACCAAAAGCUAAUGAAUCGGCUAGGUACUAUUUCUCAAGCUAUUUCAGGAUAAACUCUAGAUAUUAAAAAGAAAGUUUCGGCACAUGCAAACAUACAAGAAUAGGAGUUGCUUGUAAUGUCGUUACCGUUACUAUUACUUUCUUAUAAUAACGGUUUAAUAAUAAUAAAUUGUAAAUAACAUUACAAUUACACUCAUAAUGGUAAUUUUAGCGUCAUUAGAAAAGUGACUUUCAAAAAAUAACUCGUUACUGCACACAUUACACGUUACUUAUUUAAAAAAGCGCAUCAGUAACUCAUUACUUUACUUAUGUAUCGAAUAAAACGUGUUAUUAAUGCGUUACUCGUUACGUAACAUUUAAAGUACCGAGUUAUUUUUUUCAAUGAAUAACGAGUAACAAUAACGAAUCAUUUCUAAAAACUGAACAAAAAUAAUUAUUUCCAGUCUGGCGUUAUCAUUACUCAUGAAAAAUUGUAACGUCAUUAUCAAAUUACUUAUUAUAAAAAAAUAACGGCAACGGCAUUACAAGUAAAAUGCGUUACUUUGCAUCUCUAUGAAAUGUGUAAAUUAAUCUGAUCAGUAAAUGUUUGUCAGCAGAUCGUAGCUUUUGAUACUUUCGCUUCUUUCAGAUUCUAAUAUAUAGUUGAUUGCAAGGCGUAGAUAUUCGAAAAACACAUUUAUUACAACACAUCGGUAGUAAUGAACUGCUCAAGUGUGUCUGAUAACAUUGUCAAUGUCAUGAGAACAAUCGAACGAGGCGAAUACAUAAAAACAUUAUCAUCCAUGUACUGGCUUAAGGGUAUACACUUACUCUAAUCAAUAAUGGCUGUAGUUUUUACAUAAUCGAAUUGUAUCAUUCGUAUUGCGUUUGUUAUGUAAAUAUUAGUAUUCGAUCAAUCAUUUUUUUUCUUUCUUUUUUUCUUUAUGAUUGAUACAUUAAACGGGAUAAAGAUUGCGAUAUGCGAAAUUUCGUAUAAAUAAGAACAAACUUAGAAGAGAGAGAAAGAGAGAGAGAGAGAAAAUAUGCUUGAUGUGAGUUUAAUUUAUUCGUUCAAAAUAUAAGCAGUUUUUCUUGAAUAGCAAGAUUUUAGUUACAUAAAGAAAUCAAUUGAAUAUGCUACACAGAGUCAUCAUGUUUAUGUAUUAUAUACAGAUUAGCUGCUAAAUAUAUGUAUAUAUGUAUACAUAUAUACGUUUAUAUGUAUAUAUAUGCCUCAUGCUAGGAAAAAAAAUAGGCAAUGUUGAAAUAAAGCUCUUUUGUACUUAAUUAAAUAGACUUACGAUAGAGAGCAAAUUAAUAUUUUCACAGUUUUAGACGUAACGAGAAAGAGAGGAGUUGAUCGAAAAAUGUUUACUUCGUACGUCUCGAAAAUUUUUAAAUUAAUCUUUUUGUAAAAUGCUUCAUAAAAUGGAUAAAAUCAGAAUCACAUGAACGUGGUAAAACGAAAAGUAACGGAAAAGAUGAUUUUACAGCAUAUUCAGAAUUUGCCACAUUUUCUUGUAUUUUUUAUAAAUCACGAAGAUAUACAUAUAUUUCAUGUUGUAUUGUCUUUUGUCAUUCUUACAGAUUAUCAAAAUGUAUAAUAUUUUUUUUACGAGAUUUUUAAAAAUAUUUUAAAAAUUAAUUU